AUGGAAAACUUGAAUGAAGAGAGGCCUCCACCACGAGUGUGUCCAAGGUGUAGCUCAGACAACACCAAGUUCUGUUUCUACAACAACUACAGCGUGUCUCAACCUCGCUACAACUGCAGGGGCUGUCGCCGGUUUUGGACUCAUGGUGGAGUUUUAAGGGACGUACCAGUUGGUGGAAAGGCCCACAAAACCAAGCCUAAAAGGAUAGAUGAACCGCUUUUUCCUCAGGUGGUUUCUGUCAUCCAACAGGUUAAUAAUCAUCAGCCUUUCUCACAUGCUCAGGAAACAAACGAGUCUCUUGGAACUUUUGGUGGUUCUUCUUCUGCUGUUGUUGGGAACCGCUUCAGUUCUUUGCCUGAAACUCAUGGUGAUAUGGUGCCUCUAACUCGAAGUUAUCCACCAAUGGAUCGCUUUGGUGGAUCUCUUAACCAAGGUAAUUACGGUGCUGGCUUCAAUGAUUGGGUUGGUAAUCCUUUGAUGAACCAACCAUUUUGUGGACAUGUCUAUAAUUACAACAAUUACCUUGUGAAUCAUGAGGAUCCAAACAAUCCAAACCAGAGCUUCAACAACACCAUGAAUGUGAACCAUAAUGCCAGCACUAGUGGAAUCAGAGGAUAUCCAAGCACUGAUUACAUGAUCAACAACAACAAAGACAGAAACAAGUUUAUGUUUGGGUCCUCUUUUCAUUUGGAGAAGCGUGGUCCUUGA